CAAUUUCAAUCCAUAUUGCAUAGCAUAGAAACACCAUGGGUUCGUAUAUGCAAAAUCUAUCUUCCUCUUUUAGAUCGACAUCAUCAUGGUUCGAGGUGUAUGCUGCCUUCUCCACAUUCAUGAUGCUCCUAAGAACAGCAAUCAAUGACCUAAUACCCCAACCAAUUCGGUCCUUCAUAGCCUCAAAGCUAGAAGCUUUCUUCUCCAAAUGUCAGUCAAACAGCCAAAUCUCUCUCAAAAUUAACCAAUUUUGGGAUGAAUCUGUUGGAGAACGCAAUGACCUGUUCUAUGCUGCCCAUGAGUACCUUCCCUCUAGAAUAACCCGCACCUACAAAAGCCUCAAAGUUGGCAAAUUAGAAAACCACAAACAUCUUGAGCUCGCAGUGGAUGGAAGUGAAGAAGUGGUGGACGAAUUUGAAGGCACCAAAUUCACUUGGAUGCUUGAUGAAGGAUCCGAAAAGGAGUCUAGUAGCAACAAGAAGUUUACCUUCAUAUUAACCUUCAAUGAGAAGCACAGAGAGAGAGUGUUGGAUAGGUAUAUACCCCACGUGCUUAAAACAUACGAAGCCAUGAAAGCUGAGCAAAAAAUUGUGAAAAUCUAUUCAAGGUUAUUUGAUUAUUGGAACGAAAGUGAGUUAUCACACCCUGCCACGUUUGACACACUAGCCUUGGCCCCUGAGUUGAAGCAAGCUAUCAUUGAUGAUUUGGAUCGGUUUCUAAGGAGGAAGGAACUUUACAAGAAAGUGGGUAAGCCUUGGAAGCGUGGCUACCUAUUGUAUGGGCCUCCCGGAACCGGAAAAUCUAGCCUCAUUGCAGCUAUUGCUAACUAUUUGAAAUUUGAUGUCUAUGAUUUGGAGCUUAGUUCUGUGUUUUCCAACUCUGAACUUAUGCGAGCCAUGAGGGAAACAACCAAUCGUUCCAUCGUUGUCAUUGAAGACAUAGAUUGCAACAAAGAGGUGCAUGCUCGAUCAAAAGCAGACGAUCUUCCAGACCAAGAUUCCUCUGACGACGAGGGUGCCAAUGCCAAGGUUAAGCCUGGGAGGUUUACUCUGUCGGGUCUGCUUAACUACAUGGAUGGGUUGUGGUCAAGCUGUGGAGAGGAGAGAAUUAUAAUAUUCACUACUAACCACAAAGAGAAAAUAGACCCAGCGUUGCUGCGUCCCGGUCGUAUGGACAUGCACAUUAAUUUAUCCUUCCUCAAAGGCAAGGCAUUUAGAAUAUUGGCUUCAAAUUAUUUGGGUAUUGAAGGAGAUCAUCCUCUCUUUGAACAAAUUGAAGGACUAUUGGACAAAAUACAAGCCACCCCUGCUGUUGUAGCAGAGCAUCUAAUGAGAAGUGAGGAUCCCAACGAGGCUUUGGAAGCACUUGUCAAAUUUCUCGAAGAAAUAUGCAAGGACAAUCCAGUAGAAUGCCAGUUGAAUACGGGACUAGUCAAUGUAGCCUAAUAAAUUGAUCACAAAAUUCUAUCUUGUUCAUGUUUUGUUUAGUCAUCUCUGUAAUUAAAAGUGAAAUA